AUGGAGGGUGAGGGAAAAGAGAAAGCCAUCGGCAUUGAUCUGGGAACAACUUAUAGCUGUGUGGGAGUAUGGCAGAAUGACAGAGUGGAAAUUAUUGUUAAUGACCAAGGUAACAGAAUUACUCCUUCUAUGGUUGCUUUCACAGCCGACGAGCGACUUGUUGGAGACGCUGCCAAGUUUCAAAUUUCUUCUAAUCCUCUUAACACCGUCUUCGAUGUGAAAAGACUUAUUGGAAGGCAGUUUACUGAUUCAUCUAUGCAGGCCGAUAUGAAACUGUGGCCUUUCAGAGUUGUUUCGCAGGAAAAUGGCAAGCCAAUGGUUGAAGUGAGUUACAAGGGUGAGAAGAAGCUCUUUGCCCCAGAGGAAAUCUCAUCCAUGGUCUUGAUGAAAAUGAAAACCAUAGCUGAACAGUAUCUAGAAAGUGAGGUGAAAAAUGCAGUCAUUACGGUCCCUGCCUACUUCAGUGACUCCCAAAGGAAGAUGACUAAAGACGCUGGUCGAAUUGCAGGGCUAAAUGUUAUGCGAAUCAUCAAUGAGCCGACUGCUGCAGCCAUAACUUAUGGCUUUGGUAGAGCUAAGGAAGAGAAGAAACAUAUUCUGGUGUUUGACCUUGGUGGAGGUACAUUCGAUGUCUCUAUUGUUUUAGUUCAAAAAGGCAAAUUUGAAGUGAAAUCAGUUGGGGGAGAAGCGCAUUUGGGAGGUGAAGAUUUUGACAAUAGGAUGGUCACCUACUGUGCCGAAAAGUUCAAAAAGAUGUACAAAACAGAUUUAUGUGCGAGUGCCAAAGCUCUUCGGCGACUGCGUUCAGAGUGUGAGAGGGCAAAGAGAAGCUUGUCCUCAGCGGUAGAAACUGUAAUUGAUAUUGACUGUCUCUACGAAGGACAUGAUUUUUUCUUGAAGAUCAGGAGAGCAAAGUUUGAAGAGCUCAACAUUGAUUUAUUUGAGAAGUGCAUGAAAGUUGUGAAGAAAUCCGUGGAAGAUGCCAAGUUGAGUAAGAGCCAAAUCGACGAUAUUGUAUUGGUAGGGGGUUCCUCACGAAUACCAAAGGUGCAGGAAUUGGUUCGAGAUUUCUUCGAUGGGAAGGAGCUAUGCAGAGGUGUAAAUCCGGAUGAAGCAGUAGCCUAUGGUGCUGCGCUUCAGGCAGCUGUGCUGAACAAGGAGGAAGUUGACAUUGUCAUGGUGGAUGUCACGCCUUUGAGUCUUGGAAUUGAAGUAGAUGAUGGUGUUAUGAUGGUAGUUGUUCCGCGAAAUAGUCCACUUCCAAUUCGGAAGGAGACAUCGGUCACCACGUUGGAGGACGAUCAGACGUCUGUAGAUUUUGAAGUUUACGAAGGUGAAAGGACUUUAGUUGUAGACAACAAUCUACUAGGAAAAUUUGUAUUGACAGGGAUUCCCUCUGCCCUAGCUACAGUGCCAAAGAUUAAAGUUUGCUUUGAAGUGGACGCAGAAGGAAUUCUGAACGUUUCAGCUCACGACAAGGGAAGUGGAGCAACGAAUGAGAUUACCAUUACUAAUGAAGGUGGGAGACUGAGCAUUCAAGAGAUUGAUAAAAUGAUAGCAGACGCAGAAAAAUUCCGCAAGGAGGACGAAGAAGCGAUGGAAAAGCAUGUUGCGAAAAACGACCUUGAAUGUUACGUGUCAAACAUGAAAAAGAGGGUGAUUAAAGCAAAGAGUGAAGGCUCUGUGGACGCUGAUGUUACAGAACUAGAUUUAAUAUCAACUAUUGCUGCAGUUGAUGAAUGGUUAGAGGACAACGAGGACACUGUGACAGUGGUUGAACUGCAAGACGAAUUGAAAGAACUGAAGUUGAAAUGUACGCGUUUGUUUUCCUCCAAGCGAUUUAAAUUUACUGAAGCAGAGGAAUGA